UAGGUUACGCUUCGGCGACAGGAGUAGGAGACGCAUUAUCUUCACCUGAGAAAGUCUUGCAGCAGAAACCACCAGGGUAUGCUUCACCAGACCUAGAUCAGCAAGUUUAUGGACUUUGGCGCUUAUACUGGCAAUAUUUGACCAAAUUGCUGGAUGUUUUGAUGCAUUGUGAAAGAAGGAACGCAAUGAUGUUGGCAGUCAGAGUGUCCUCGAGAAGAUCCUUCAAUGGUUUAACAGGAAUAUUUUUCGUUUUGUGA